CGGCGCCAUCUAUUGAUUUCACCGGGAAGUGACAUUGUAGGUCAACGGGUUCGUUCGUUACAGAGGAAUCCUCAGCGGCGGGCUGCGGUGACCGAGCGAACUGCGACCGAGCAGUCUAUAGUUGGGCUAGAAAUGGCCAAUCCGAUCUGGCAACACUGGCUGUGGAAGUAGGUCAGUAGAUCAGUGGAGCAGAGCCUGGAGCUGGGGGUCUGAGACACACUGCCUUGGUCGAGCUGCACCAGGACUACCAGGAAUACCAGCCCCUGGACCGGGUCUUUAUAAGGUGGACCCUGACCACGGUGUGAUCCUACAGGAGAGGAACGGACGUUCAAUGACCCCCAGUCUUGCUGCUGGCAUGGAGACGCCAAGGAAGCGGAAGGGCAGCACAGACAACCAGGACUCCAAAUCAGCCUCUAUUCCUGAUGCGGAUAUGGAGGAUGAAGAAGAAGAAGAUGAAGAAGAAGAAGAAGAAGGGUUCGACGGAGAGGACCAGAAGGUGAAGAUACAGUGCUUCAGGGAGCCCCACAGCCAGAUCGAAAAGCGCAGGAGAGACAAGAUGAACAAUCUGAUUGACGAGCUGUCAGCCAUGAUCCCCUCCUGUCAUCCCAUGUCUCGCCGGCUGGAUAAACUCACUGUUCUUCGAAUGGCCGUGCAGCAUCUCAAGUCUCUCAAAGGUUCCUCUUCUUCGUUUUCUGAAACUACCUAUAAGCCUUCAUUCCUCCCUGAUGAGGAAUUCAAACAGCUUGUGCUCAAGGCUGCCGAUGGCUUUCUGUUUGUGGUAGGCUGUGACCGUGGAAAGAUAGUCUUCGUCUCCGAAUCCACCACCAAGAUCCUCAACUAUAGUCGGGCGGAGUUGAUUGGCCAGAGUCUGUUUGACUACGUUCAUCCUAAAGACAUGGGGAAGGUGAAGGAGCAGCUCUCCGCCUCGGAGUACCCUCGCGAGCGCCUCAUAGACGCUAAAACCGGGCUGCAGGUGCCGGCUGACCUCCCAGCCGGCGCAACCAGGCUGGGCUCCGGAGCCCGCCGCUCCUUCUUCUGUCGCAUGAAGUACAACAAGGUCUCCGUGAAGGUGGAGGAGAACGAGUUCCAGCCGGGCCCGUCCAAAAGGAAAGAGAGCCAGCGGUUCUGCACUGUGCACUGCACGGGCUACCUGCGUUGCUGGCCCAGCGGCACCCUUGGGGUGGAGGGAGAGGGGGACACCGACAAGGAGGGCUCUCCCUUCAACUGCCUGGUGGCGGUGGGCCGGGUCCACGCCCCCGGCGCCCCCCAGGCCAACGGGGGGGUGCAGGUCAAGCCCACCGAGUUCAUCACUCGCUACGCCAUGGAUGGGAAGUUCACCUUUGUUGAUCAAAGGGCAACCACAGUGCUGGGCUACCUGCCGCAGGAACUCCUCGGGACCUCGUGCUACGAGUAUGUCCACCAAGACGACCUCCUCCACCUAUCUGAACGCCAUAGGGAAGUUCUGCGGAGUAAAGAAAAGAUCGAAACAAAUUGCUAUCAGUUCAAAACCAAACAUGGCUCCUUUGUCACUCUACAAAGUCAGUGGUUCAGUUUUGUUAAUCCCUGGACCAAAGAAGUGGAAUACAUCGUGUCGACCAACACGGUUUUAUUUCCGAAGCAGGAUGGGUCCAGUCAGAGAGGGGCAGAGGCGGACCAGUCCAGUGACUCAAAGACUUCUGAAGGUGGCCAAAAGUCCCAUCCGAUAAUCCCAGGGAUGUCCUGUAAACCAGGCACCAUGAUCUACGCAGGAAGUAUCGGAACUCAGAUCGCAAUUGAACUUCUGGAUUACAACAGGAUAAACUCCUCCCCUUCCAGUGGCAAGGCUAGCCCCUUCAGCCUGCUGCAGGACCGGUCCCCCCAGGGCCCCAGUCAGGGGCCCCGUGCUAAUGGGUCCAACGGCGAGGCGACGGACAUGGAGUUACCGGGGAGCUCUGAAGACGAGCCACAGGACACGCCCCAUCCAAGGCGAGAGUCCCCCAUGGGGGAGGCCCCUCAGCUGGACCUGGAGGGGCCCGGCCUCGGCGGCCUCACCAGCGACGAGGCGGCCAUGGCCGUCAUCAUGAGCCUGUUGGAGACCGACGCAAACCUGGACUUUGGAGAGAUGCACUGGUCGCUUUAGAACCUUCUACCUCUCAGAACGUAGCCAUGGAAACGUGUGACCUGGGGAAGAAAGGAUUUAUUUAUUGGUUUUGAUUCUCCAUGUAAGCUGUGUAAUAUUCAGGGGACUGUUGUGCACCAGGGCAGCAUUCAUGUCAAUAAAGGGACCACUUCCUGCAACAGGAGGAGGCUCAGAAAACGUACAGCUGUGUUUGCUGGCGAGUGCCGGACCCUAGACCGCGUCCAGCUCGGUCUAGCCACGGCUCUCUCUGUCCGGGUCAGGGCAGUAUGUUUGAACCCCAUCUCUACUAAUGAACACUAAACUAGGGGCCAGAUGACAUUCUCUUCUUCUCUAAUCUAUCAGUCUACACUUGAAAAACGGAGGGGAGGGACCAUGCAAUUUUUCUUCUAAAGCUGCACUGAAAUAGGGUAUUUUAAAGAAAGACGUUAGGAGGAUCUGACGGACAGACUUGUGCAGCCCCCCCACAAUGAGCUGCUUGUCAACUUGAAAAUAUGAGGCUGUAUGCUUUUGUGGUUCUAGAGCUAAAGGCAAGCUACUCUUGAGGGAAUGUUCACUUGUGUAUAGCUUGGUCAUUCAGCAUGCAGACCUCUGGAGAAAAGACCAAGAGCGUAGUCCAGUGCUGAGUGUGAAGGGCUGGUAAUGACAAGUGUUGACCAAGUGUUAUGUGUUACAUACUGGAGGAGGAACUUGCCUUGAGCUAAUGUUAGAUAUAUACAUUAAAAAUAACUUAAUAUAACUCUGAAGCCAACACCAGAUUCUCAAAGAAGCCAAGACUUGCAAUAUGAGCACAGCAUUUUUUGAGUUGGAAUGCAAUUAUUAUUAUUACUUCCAGAUUUGCUAAAAAUGGCUGAUUAUAAAUUGUUGGAUCUGCAUCUUAGGACAGAGGCUGGUUACUCAGGGACCAAAUGAAUCAGAAUUUCUUGAAGGAAUUCAUUCAUUUAACUAUCCAUUACCAUAUAUAAAUCAACCUUAAUUUACUAACACAUGCAUUCUUAUUUUUUUUUCACAUAUAGAUAUCAGAUAAACACAUUUUUAUUUGCCUUAAUUUUUUCUUGUAUUGGUGUUAUAUUAUGCAGUGAGUCUGACGCAUGUCAGGUCUAUGUUCCCGAGCUUGUGGAAAGCCCAUAGUUGUGUGAAUGGUUGUUAUAGGCUACACUAUGCAGGAAUAGCAGAUGUUCUAGACUUGACCCUUUCUCAAUUCUUGCAACAGCGAGUAUUGCAUGGUUAAAGACGGAUUGUGUUGGUUGGAGAGCAGGAUGCUAUUGUAAGCUAGACAGCCACAUGUUGAUCAAGGUUUAAGUUACCAAAGUGAUUAUUCAACCAUCGUCAACAGUUUUAACUGCAGCAUGUUUUGUGCUGCAAAUGUCAAAUCAUUGCUGAUGCCAAAUAUGGUGAAAAGUCCUCCAGCUUGCAACUUUAUUUCAGGGAACUAUAUUAUAUAUCCAUAUUGAAUAAAUGCUCAAAGCAAAAUUCCAAA